AACAUCUCCCAGAUAUCUCCGCUCCCUUUCAACAAUCGUCUUCCUCACAACCGUAACCGAACAUUCAUCCACAAAUUCAGCGCUCCCCAAUUUCUAGGGUUGCAAUCCAUUCCUUCGAUUUGUAUUUAAUUGCGGGAGAUUUACAACCAUGAAGAAGAUUUCCCGAACCUUUUUUUAAUUUUUCAUUUUUUUUUUUAAUUUUUUUUUUUCAAUUUUUGGCAAAAUCGUUGUAGACCCGAAUCCAAUUUUGCCAAAAUGCAUUGCUCUAAUUUGAAGGUGCCUGCGGAUUUCAAUUCGCUCUUGCUGCCGCGUCGGCCUAGCAAUGGGGUUGGUAGAGCAUGUAAUUUACGGUUUAAUCGAAUCGUUACUUGCAGUGCUUCGCGCCAGGGUUCGGAUUCGGGCCCGGGCCCGGGCCCCAUUCAAGGUCCGAGUGGAGGCUCAGUUUUCUCACGAACCGAGACGUAUGCGUUGCUGAAGCAACAACUCGAAUUAGCUGCAAAGGCUGAGGAUUACAAAGAAGCUGCUAGACUUCGCGAUUCUUUGAGAUUGUUUGAGGACGAGGAGCCAGCUUUGCGUCUUCAGAGACUGUUGAAGGAGGCUGUAGCUGAGGAAAGAUUUCAGGACGCAGCCAGGUAUCGUGAUGAGCUCAAGAAUAUUGCCCCACAUACAUUCUUGAAGUGCACAAGCGAUGCGACAACCUUGGGCAUUAGAGUUCAAGUUAGAAGUGUGUAUGUUGAAGGUCGAAGCCAGCCUUCCAAGGGUCUAUACUUUUUUGCAUAUCGGAUUAGAAUCACCAACAAUUCAGAUCGCCCAGUACAACUUAUCAAGAGGCAUUGGAUCGUCACUGAUGCCAAUGAGAAAACUGAGAGUAUCCAUGGCAUUGGAGUUAUAGGCGAACAGCCGGUUAUACUCCCCAGCACUAGUUUCGAGUAUUCAUCCGCAUGUCCAUUGAGCACCCCAAACGGAAGAAUGGAGGGUGACUUUGAGAUGUGCUAUGUCGACAAAAUAGGAGGCCGGACAUUCAAUGUCGCGAUUGCGCCGUUUUCGUUGUCGAUGUUUGGAGAUGGAGGAUCGAGUGGUGUAUGAGAUACCUCAUUUUCUCGGUAUCUAUUUGUGUUUUUCAUCUUAAAUUUAGGACAUGAUGCAAUUAGUUAAAGACUAGAGUUUGCCAUUACUUAUGUAUUUGUAUAUGAUAAGAUAUGAUAGAUAUGUAGUUAGAAGAGUCAGCAUUAUUAGUGUAUAGCUGAAGCACAAUAUAUGUGCAACUCGAAUUUUCACCCUAUAUUGUAACUUCUAAUUUGUCACCCUUUAUGUAGAAAAUAUUUUAUCCAUAAA